AGUGACUCAGCUGCAGAUUCAGAGGAGUCCAUCCUUUCUCGCAAGCUCCACCGAACUCCGACGAACCCCACCCAGUCCACCACUCAGGCUCGUCGGAAGCGACAAGCGAUCACCUCACUUCCUCACCUCGAUGAUGCUUCCGCUCCGCCUCCUCCUCCUCCUCGUCAUCGGCCUCCUCCCCGCGGCGGCGUGGGCCCUGGCGCCGCCCCGCUUCCCGGGGCCCCAACCCCGCGCGCGGCCGGGAGCUAAUGGGAUGGGGGGCUACGAGUACGAGACCCGGUACUUCCGGCAGCGGCUGGACCAUUUCAGCUUUCCCGGGGUCGGGGAUGAGGACGAGGAGACGGCGUUCUUCCAGCAGAGAUACCUGGUGGGCCGCGGCGCCGGGUGGGCCGGCCCCGGCGGCCCCAUCUUCUUCUACUGCGGCAACGAGGGCGACAUCGCCUGGUUUGCCGCCAACUCCGGCCUCGUCUGGGAGGCCGCCCCGCGCUUCGCCGCCCUCGUCGUCUUCGCUGAGCAUCGUUACUACGGGGAGUCCAUGCCGUUCGGGAGCAAAGCCAAGGCGUACAACAAUUCCAAGUCCUUGGCGUAUCUCACGGCCGAGCAGGCGAUUGCCGACUUCGCUGUGCUGCUCACUGACCUCAAGAGGAACCUAUCCGCAGAGGGCAGCCCCGUGGUGCUCUUUGGGGGUUCAUACGGUGGAAUGCUGGCUGCUUGGAUGAGACUCAAGUAUCCACAUAUUGCUGUUGGGGCUCUCGCAUCAUCGGCUCCAAUCUUGCAGUUUGAGGACAUCGUCCCUUCUACCAUAUUCUAUGAUCUAGUGUCAGAUGAUUUUAGGAGGGAAAGUUUAAGCUGCUUUCAGACAAUAAAAGACUCUUGGAAAGUAUUAGAUGACCAAGGAAACGGGCAAGAUGGUCUUCUGAAACUAAGCAAAACUUUCCACCUUUGCCAGACCCUGAAAACAAGCGGAGACCUUUCAGAUUGGUUGAGCUCAGCAUACAGUUAUCUGGCCAUGGUGGAUUACCCAAUUCCAUCAGAAUUUCUCAUGCCUUUGCCAGCCAAUCCUAUUAAAGAAGUGUGCAGAAAUAUCGACAGUCAACCUGAGGGUACUAGUAUUCUGGAACGCAUAUAUGCAGGAGUAAAUGUAUACUACAACUAUACUGGCACUGUUGGCUGCUUUGAUCUAAAUGAUGAUCCCCAUGGAAUGGGUGGAUGGGAUUGGCAGGCUUGUACUGAGAUGGUAAUGCCAAUGUCUUACAGUGAAGACAGGAGCAUGUAUCCACCAUAUAAAUUUGACUAUGCUUCCUAUGCUGAGAAUUGCAUCAAAAGUUAUGGUGUCAGGCCAAGGCCUCGGUGGAUUACUACAAAUUUUGGUGGGCAUAAUAUUACUACAGUCUUGGAAAAGUUUGGUAGUAACAUCAUAUUCUUCAACGGACUUCUUGAUCCGUGGAGUGGUGGAGGUGUCCUGAAGAAUAUAUCUGAGAGUGUCAUUGCUAUUGUGGCUCCAUUAGGAGCGCAUCACAUCGAUUUGCGCCCGGCGACUUCAGACGACCCAGAUUGGCUGGUAAGCCUGAGAGAAUCUGAACUGAAGAUCAUAUCUGGCUGGUUAUCGGAUUACUAUGGGGCGAGAGGGGCACUUUUCCAGCCAGUGGCUGUCAAGGGCUCCUCUGCAUCAUAAGGAAUUACGCUCGCCCAGAUACAAAUGCGUGAUCUCAGAAAUAAAGAAGGGCUCCAUUUGCGUCGGUGCAAAUGCUAACCACAGCCACUGAGCCACGGCCGCUGCUGCGUCAUCAUGGUCUAAUGGAGAAUGAAGAUCUUGAUGUUGGUCAGAUGCUGGAUAUGCUCUUGCGUCUUGUGGUACAUACCAAAUUACCAAUGAUAUGGUUCGCAGCGCUAUCAGAUGGCGCAUGCAUGCGCAUGGGCUGGUGAGGUCACAAACGCACUGGAUAAUGUAAUGACGCUUUCGCAAUGGUGGUGGAGGUCGGGUACUGGGCUGAGCUGCCUGAGCAUAGGUUGAAUGUAUGUGUCGUGCCACUGUCAACCAAUAAGGGCACGUACAACCCACAGCCGACCCUCAUCUUUUUGUUGCCACAUCAGUUGAGGAGGUCUACGUGUACAUCAUUAAAUGAAGAAAGAGAGCGGAGCCGGCGUCUCACUUCGUCGACGGCGUGGGCUCGUGCUCCGAAGCGAGUCGCUUGCUUUCGUCACGCGGUGUAUGGCCCGCUGCGUUUCGUCGACGGCCCCGCGGAUCCCUUGCGCAAGAGCAGAAUUUUUCCUCCCGAUGGUGGCAAAAUCUUCAGCGCGCGCGCACCUUUUCUUCCCUCCGCAAAAUCUCCCGUUUCAAGCACCUACAAAAAUCACCGAAAACCUACAUCAGUAGUACAAGCAUCAUGCUGCAAGAGCAGAAAUAGGUGGUGGCGGCGGCGCGUGAGCGGCUUGAUGCGGCGGCGGCGCUGGAGAGGACGGCCGCCGCGGCGCAUGCACGGAAGGGCUCGGCAUCAGCAGAAGGGCGCGGGCCGCACGGUGGGUGCUCCCGAUGGGAGAUUUGGCUCAGCUGCUUCAUUGAUGUCCUUCACCAACGUAGCAGGUUCUUCACUGGCGCUGACACCUUCCUCAAUCUUCAGAUCCAGGUUGCUACCUGGUAACGCACCACUCCCAAUUUCUGCUGAGAUUGCUCAUAUAUACUAGUGAUGGCAGGGAUUGCGAUUAUUUUUUCCUGGGAACACAACUUGUAGAUGUGUGUAGGCUGAGGGGAGGUUUGAAUCUAACUCAAUUAGAAUGCAAUGUUUUGAGCUUAGAAGAGGAAUUUAAUUCUGCAGAUGUAUAGUGCAUAAUUGUUUCCUGCUGACCAUAUUUUCUAAAAUCGACUGAAUAUAGUGGAGCCAAUGUUUUCUAAAAUCGACUGAAUAUAGUGGAGCCAACCUGUAGUUGGACUUAUUCAGAGAACCUGCCUCCUUUAGCUUGUCAGUUGUCACAGGAUAAAUUGCAGUGUGUACAGGAAGAAACAUUAGAAUUGUAGAUGUUUUUCUAUUUACAAUUUUCCUGAGAUUUACAACUGUGACUUAUGCAGUAGUUUGAUUAGCUUCAAAAAUAUAGUAAAUGUUUGAGCAAGUACAGGAGUUUGUAAAUGUGUCAUCUAUGUUUGAUAUCAGUCCAUUUCAAUAAAUGAUUGUUCAAGUG